AUGUGCCCGAUUACAACAAGGAGACUUCGCUGGAUAGUAUACUUUUUGUUUAUAAACGGACGUAUUAUAAGUGGAGAUUCGUUAGCAUUGAAUACAGUGUUUCAAGAUUUGUGCAGUAGAUCUCUCUCUAAUCUAAUAUUUCAAAUAUGCACUGGUGGUAUACCAGUAAGUGAUCUUCCAUCUUCGAGUCUUUCAAAAGUGAGAUCUCGAAGAGCGGCAAUGUUUUUCGCAAAGGAGCGGCACAGGCGCCAAAUUGCAGAUGAGUGUUGCCUUCAUCCUUGCACCGUGGCGCAGUUAGUUGAAUACUGCCCUGAAAAUUGUGGUAAUAAGUUGGAUGACAAACACUUAAAAAUAUAUUAA